GUACAGGGGCGAGGCGAGAGGGGCGUGGCCUCAGGGGGCGGGGCCGAUCGAUCUUCUCCGGUUCUGACACACUCGGCAGGCCCAGUGGCCCGAGUCCGCUGGAGCGUACGUUCGGGGGAAUUUGUGCUUGCCGGCGAUGUGGGGUGGCGAUCGCCUGGCGGGUGCGGAGGGUGGUGGGGUAGCGGUGACUGUGGUCUUCACCAACGCUCGAGACUGCUUCCUCCACUUGCCGCGGCGUCUCGUGGCCCAGCUUCACUUGCUGCAGAAUCAAGCUAUAGAAGUGGCCUGGGGUCAUCAGCCUGCAUUCUUGAGCUGGGUAGAAGGCAGGCAUUUUAGUGAUCAAGGUGACAGUGUGGCUGAAAUUAACAGACAACUUGGUCAGAAACUUGGACUCUCAAAUGGGGACCAGGUGUUUCUCAAGCUGUGCUCCCAUGUGGUGUCUUGUCAACAAGUGGAGGUGGAACCCCUAUCAGCAGAUGAUUGGGAGAUACUGGAACUGCAUGCUGCUUCCCUUGAACAGCAUCUGCUAGAUCAAAUUCGAAUAGUUUUUCCGAAAGCCAUUUUUCCUGUUUGGGUUGAUCAACAAACUUACAUAUUCAUCCAAAUUGUUGCACUGAUUCCAGCUGCUGCUUAUGGAAGGCUGGAAGCUGACACCACACUCCUUAUUCAGCCAAAGACCCGCCAGGCCAAAGAGAAGACAGUUUCAAAAGCAGAUAAUGCACAUGGGAAAUUUCACAAUAGGUCUAAUAAAACAGAAGUUACAGUUGACUCACCAUCCAUGCCAAGCUUAUGGACUUUGAUAGGAAGCAUUUUUUCUUUUGGGUCUGAGAAGAAACAAGAGCUAUCUUGGGGUUUAACUGAAAUGAAUGCAUUCAAAAAUAUGCAGUCCAAAGUCGUUCCUCUAGACAAUAUUUUUAGAGUGUGCAAAUCGCAGCCUCCCAGUAUGUGUAAUGCCACAGCAACUUCUGAGUUUCACAAACACUAUGCCGUUCAUGUAUUUCCAUGGGACCAGGAAUAUUUUGAUGUGGAGCCCAGCUUUACUGUGACCUAUGGAAAGCUAAUUAAGCUACUUUCUCCAAAGCAACAGCAAAGUAAAACAAAACAAAAUGUCCUGUCACCUGAAAAAGGGAAGCAGAUAUCAGAACCACUAGAUCAAAAACAAAUCAGCUCAGACCAUAGUCAAGAAGCUGCUAAGUCCUGUGUGCUAAAGGUUGUCUGGAAUGGACUUGAGGAAUUGAAGAAUGCCAUAAAGUACACCAAAGACAUAGAAGCACUUCAUCUUGGGAAAGUCUGGAUUCCAGAUGACCUGAGAAAGAGACUAAAUAUAGAAAUGCAUGCAGUAGUCAGAAUAACUCCAGUGGAAAUUACCCCUAAAAUUCCAAGAUCUCUAAAACUACAACCUAGAGAAAACUUACCUAAAGAUGUAAGUGAAGAAGAUGUAAAAACUGUGUUCUCUUCAUGGCUACAGCAAUGUACCACUACCACACUUCCUUUGAUAAUAUCAGAGGAAGAAUAUAUUAAGCUGAGAAUUAAAGAUGAGUUGGAGGAGUUUUCUCUAAAUAUAGUUCAUUCUUGGGAAAAAGAAAAAGAAAACAUUUUUUUAUUGAGUCCCAGUCUGCUGCAGAAGAUCACAAUACAAGUCCUUCUAGAUCCUAUGGUAAAAGAAGAAAACAGUGAGGAAAUUGACUUUAUUCUUCCUUUUUUAAAGCUGAACUGCUUGGGAGGAGUGAAUUCUUUAGGUGUGUCUUCCAUGGAACACAUCACUCACAGCCUCCUGGGGCGCCCUUUGUCUCGGCAGCUGAUGUCCCUUGUAGCGGGACUUAGGAAUGGAGCCCUUUUAUUCACAGGAGGAAAGGGCAGUGGAAAAUCAACUUUAGCCAAGGCAGUCUGUAAAGAAGCAUUUGACAUAUUGGAUGCCCAUGUGGAGAUAGUGGACUGUAAAACUUUACGAGGAAAAAGGCUUGAACACAUACAAAAAACCCUGGAGCUGGCUUUCUCAGAGGCGACAUGGAGGCAGCCUUCUGUGGUUCUGCUGGACGACCUUGACCUCAUUGUUGGCCUGCCUGCUCUCCCAGAACAUGAGCAUAGCCCUGAGGCUGCGCAGAGCCAGAGGCUUGCACAUGCUUUGAAUGAUGCAAUGAAAGAGUUUAUUUCCAUGGGAAGUUUGGUAGCACUGGUUGCCACAAGCCAGUCUCAACAUUCACUGCAACCUCUGCUCGUCUCGGCUCAAGGAAUUCACAUAUUUCAGUGUGUCCAACAUAUUCAGCCUCCUGAUCAGGAGCAAAGAUGUGAAAUGCUACAUAAUGUAAUAAAAAAUAAACUGGGCUCUGAUGUAAACAAGUUCACUAAUCUUGACCUGCAUUGUAUAGCUAAACGAACUGAAGGGUUUGUGGCUAGAGAUUUUACAAUGCUUGUGGAUCGAGCCAUACAUUUUCAUCUCUCUCACCAGAGCAUAUCCACCAGAGAAGAAUUAGUUUUAACAACAUUGGACUUCCAAAAGGCUCUCCAAGGAUUUCUUCCUGCAUCUCUGCGAAAUGUCAACUUGCAUAAACCUAGGGACCUGGGCUGGGAUAAAAUUGGUGGAUUACAUGAAGUUCGGCAGAUACUCAUGGAUACUAUCCAGUUACCAGCCAAGUACCCAGAACUAUUUGCAAACUUGCCCAUACGACAAAGAACGGGAGUACUGCUGUAUGGUCCUCCUGGGACAGGAAAAACCUUACUAGCUGGAGUAGUUGCACGAGAGAGUGGAAUGAAUUUUAUUAGUAUCAAGGGGCCAGAGUUACUGAGCAAAUACAUUGGAGCAAGUGAACAAGCUGUUCGGGAUAUUUUUAUUAGAGCACAGGCAGCCAAGCCCUGCAUUCUUUUCUUUGAUGAAUUUGAAUCCAUUGCCCCUCGACGAGGCCAUGAUAAUACAGGAGUUACAGAUCGUGUGGUUAACCAGCUGCUGACUCAGUUGGAUGGGGUGGAAGGCUUACAGGGUGUUUAUGUAUUGGCUGCUACUAGUCGCCCUGACUUGAUUGACCCUGCCCUGCUUAGGCCUGGCCGACUCGAUAAAUGUGUAUACUGUCCUCCUCCUGAUCAGGUAUCACGUCUUGAAAUUUUAAAUGUUCUCAGUGACUCUCUACCUCUGGCAGAUGAUGUGGACCUUCAGCACGUGGCAUCAGUAACCGACUCCUUCACGGGAGCUGACCUGAAAGCUUUACUGUACAAUGCCCAGUUAGAGGCCUUACAGGGAAGGCUGCUGUUCUGUGGGCUCCAAGAUGGAAGUUCCAGCUCUGAUAGUGACCUAAGUCUGUCUUCAAUGGUUUUUCUCAACCACAGCAGCGGCUCCGAUGAUUCAGCUGGAGAUGGGGAGUGUGGCUUGGAGCAGUCCCUGGUUUCUCUAGAGUUGUCUGAGAUGCUUCCAGAUGAAUCAAAAUUCAAUAUGUACCGGCUCUACUUUGGAAGCUCCUAUGAAUCAGAACUCGGGAACGGAACAUCUUCUGAUCUGAGCUCACAGUGCCUGUCUGCACCAAGCUCCAUGACACAGGACUUUUCUGGAGUCCCUGGGAAAGAUCAGUCAUUUUCACGACCUCCAGUGUUCAGAACAUCCUCACAAGAGGGUUCCCAAGAACUUACACAGGAACAAAGAGAUCAGCUACGGGCAGAUAUCAGUGUCAUCAAAGGCAGAUACCGGAGCCAAAGUGGAGAGGAUGACUCCCUUAACCAACCAGGACCGGUCAAAACCAGUUUGGCUAUUAGCCAGUCGCAUUUAAUGGCCGCCCUCAGUCACACAAGGCCAUCCAUUAGCGAAGACGACUGGAAGAAUUUUGCUGAACUGUAUGAAAGCUUCCAAAAUCCAAAGAAAAGAAAGACUCAAAGUGGAACAAUGUUUCGACCUGGACAGAAAGUAACUCUAGCAUAAAACAUACUUUUGAUUUUGUUUUUGCUGGCUUGUUCCUAUGUUGUGACAGUAAAAAUGGGGUCUGUAAAUUUCUUUUUAACAAAUUAGGUUAAUCUAUAAAAUCACAGAUUGGCAAACCUGUGGUUAUGUCAUAAUCAGGAUUACUUGAGAUUAAUUCUGUAGAAUAAAUUGGGAUAUUUAUAACUGAUUAUCUUAUUUCCUAUAAAUCUAAAUUAAAUCCUUAGUGAAAAAAUAUUGUCUUAAUGGUGUAACUAAUUAUUUUCUCAUCUGAGGAAAAUACAUUUCUUAGAACUCACAUAUUCAACAUCUUCCUUGCGUUUGACAAAUCUUAUACUUAGCACCUUUGACCAUUUGAAAAUGUCCUAUUAUUUACUGAUCCGAUGCUCUGUUCUUCUAUCAGAACAUGUAGACUUUACAUACAAUUCCAAAUAAAUUCAGUUAUUCCCACCACCAGAAAUGAGAUCGUAUCCCCUUAAUAUACUACAUCUAGUUCCAAGGCCAAGAUCUUAAAUGAGGUCCAUUCCCCCCCUGAUCCAUCAUGACUUUGUCUGGAUGUUCUCUAAUCUGUGAACUAGAUGUAAACUGAGCCACCAUCAACACAAACUGUGUAUAGUAAUGCAGUAGGAGAAAGGAAAAGGGAGAAAGUUAGGUGAAGUAUAUAAAUAAAUACAUGAAAUGGCAAA